AUGAUCAGCCACAACAGCAGUGCCGCUGUGGACGUGAGUCUCCGCGAAGCUCUAUCCGGCAUCGCGGGCUCCAUCUCUCUCGUGUCCUGGAUUGUCCUGCUCCUACCGCAACUCAUCGAGAACUACAAGAACGGCCGUGCAGAUGCCCUCUCGAUGGUCUUCCUGUCCGCUUGGUUCGUGGGUGACCUGACGAAUCUGAUCGGUGCCCUAUGGGGCGGUCUCCUCCCGACCGUUAUCGCAAUCGCCGUUUACUUCUGCUUCGCCGAUGUGCUGCUCAUGGGGCAGACGAUCUACUACAACCGCAUCGCAGCGGAGGAGAAAGGCGGCGCGCGGCGCCGCAGCAGCGUCUUCAGCAACGACCCGUCGCAGCCCUUGAUCGCGGCGCGCGACCGCCGGCGCAGCUCCGUCGCGUCCCGUCGCAGCAGCAGCAGGCGCGGCUCGCUGGAGGCCGCUAUCCUCACCGAGGAUGAGAACUCCUACCCCGCUGUCGCCCGCAAUGCCCUCUCGAUCCUGGGCGUGGUCGCCGCGGGCGCCCUGGGAUGGGGGUUUGCCUGGUGGUCGGGCGCGUGGAAGGUCCAGGACGGCGGGAAUUCUGCUGGCGGCGAGGAUAAUAUGCCCGUGGGCGCUGAGAUCUUGGGAUAUAUCAGUGCCGUGCUGUACCUCACCGCGCGCAUCCCCCAGAUCAUACGUAACUACCAGAAGAAGUCUUGCGAAGGUCUUUCGCUCCUCUUCUUCCUCCUGUCGCUCCUGGGAAACCUCACAUACGGCGCCGGAAUCCUUCUGCACUCGUCCGAGCGGACGUAUGUCAUGGACAACCUCCCCUGGCUGAUGGGCAGUCUCGGAACCAUGGCCGAAGACGUUAUCAUCUUUGUGCAGUUCCACAUGUACGCGGACUCCUCCUCGUCCCCUGCGGUCUUCGACGACGAAGAAGACCGCAUGGUGGGUUGA